AUGUCCAACAAAGCUCAGAAAUAUAAACAACGCAUCCUACUAUUCGAAGCCAUUCAAUCGUACGGUUCUAAAAUCAUGCCUUGUUCCAACUGUCGUCGCUACAAUCGAAAAUGCUUUGUUCUCAACAACAAGUCGCAGAAAUGCGGGGAGUGCGUUCGUCGAGGUGUGAGAUGCGACGCCCUCCAGUCGGCCAACGACGAUCUGCAGAGCAUCCGGCUCGAGGAGGAGCGUUUAAAAUUUGAAAGAGAUAUGGCUUUUGAAGCAGCCAUGGCUGGUCUAGCUCGAGUUCGCGAACUCGAGCAACGUCAACAAGAACUCCGUGAGCGUGGUAUCGAUAUGGUCCGUCGCGGCCUCAGAACGCUUGACGAGCUCGACGUUGCUGAGGAGAAGGAAAGGAAAGAGAAGGAGAAAGAUGAGGAGAAGAAGAAGAUGGAGGAGGAGGCCGCCAGGCUGGCGUCCCUUCCUACGCCCUCUAGUUCCGACCCCGCCCUUGACCUGGGUCUCGACCCGGCCUUUUUCGAAGCUUUCCCUCCUGAUUCGGAGAUGUGGGCAAACCUGGGUUUCGAUGGUGGAACUCCUGAAGUUCCUCCGAAUACUGGUUGA